CUUAAUUAUCAUGUUAUUUAUUUCCUUAUCAAUUUAUAAUUUUACAGAGCAAAUUCUUAAAAUUUCCAAUCAAUCGACAAAAGACUUCGGAAGAAUGCAACGGCAACGAAGAAUAAAUGUAACACCGCGAGUGCGACCUGUAAUUAAGCGGGAUAAAAUGGAGCGUGCUUGGAAGAUGUUCGCAACACAGAAGAUUACUCUUUCCCGACUAUUUCAGCUGGUGACUGUUUUAGUCAGUGAACACGUUGAGAUGCUGCUGUACCGCAAUGACUUCACACUUGUUGAUUGUGAGCUACUUUCUCCUAACGAGAUGGCAAAUGACGCCGAAUUUGAAGAUUUUGAAUAUUUGAUUGAUGUCAAUGAUGAAGAGGCAGAAUAAUAAAAUGAUGGUAAGAAUAUUUUUCUGAAGUAAGGUAAAUAAAGUAUCUAGUAGCUGCGCAGGAACUACCAUCUGCUCACUCCAUGUAAUUGUAUAUCUGCAUUUGUGAAUAUA